AUGGCAUCGGCCGAAGUCUCCAAAAAGAUGGAUAGAGAAUGUGUGAUCUGUCUCGCAUCACUUGAUUCCAAUCCUCAUGAGGAUGAGGACUGCCGAACAUGCGAGAUAACUGUUUGUUCGACCGCCUCAAUACCAUCUUGCGGUCAUCAAGACUUUCACUAUUGUUGUUUGAAAACAUGGAAGAAUAACAACUACACAUGUCCCUACUGUAGGGCACCUUUCACAAUUAUCAAUCGCUUUCUCAACUUUGGUGCGCAUCGCUUGGUGGCCCUCGCCCCGCCAAGUUUGUCCACUUUCCAACAGGAUCGCUCUUUGUAUAUUUUCCUGAUGGGUCAAAAUAUUGACCGCACAAAAAUAUACUUCUAUCGACUCCUAUCUUCUCCUAUCGGCGGCGGUUUCCACAGAGUCACUCCUCAAGAGAUUGUCGCUAGCGAUUUCUUGCAGCGUCGAGUCCGUGAUUUCACAGUCCGCGAGUUUCCGAUAGCAUUUGUGCCAUUGCCUCUAAACCUUACCACAGGAGAAGAGGCAACUCGCGAAGAAAUCUCCAUGAUUGUUGUAGAUCUUUUGAAGAUUUAUGAUCUUCGAGAGAAUGUUCAAGACCUCAAAAGAGGAGUGGCACGUUUUUUUAACAAGAGAUACCGUGGAGAAACAUUCCUGCAUGAGUUGAGAGCGUGGAUGGAAAGCGGAUAUGACAAUUUAGAUCUAUGGGAUCAAAACACCGGGUACACUGCGCCUGCUCUCAUACCUUAUAGACUUAGGCCUUUCAUGCCACAACGAGGUGUUCCAUUCACACCAGUCUAA